GCUCCAGCUCCCGCCCCCGCUGGGUGGACGACGUGGAAGUUGCUGGCCGAGCAGGCUCGGAGGAGUCGGCCUCCGAGUGGCCGGGAGCAGCUGAGGUGGCGGCGCCCGGGCUCAACUAGUCUGGCUGCCGAGUCCCGGCCUGUCUCCGAGGGUCGGCGAGGACGCGGCUGCCGUUCGCCAUGGGUGGCUUUUUCUCAAGUAUUUUUUCCAGUCUCUUUGGAACCAGGGAAAUGAGGAUUUUAAUUUUGGGAUUGGAUGGUGCUGGAAAAACCACAAUUUUGUACAGAUUACAGGUUGGAGAAGUUGUUACUACUAUUCCCACUAUUGGAUUUAAUGUAGAGACGGUAACAUACAAAAACCUCAAAUUCCAAGUUUGGGACUUAGGGGGACAGACAAGUAUCAGACCAUACUGGCGAUGUUACUAUUCAAACACAGAUGCAGUCAUCUAUGUAGUUGACAGCUGUGACAGAGACCGAAUUGGCAUUUCCAAGUCAGAGUUAGUUGCCAUGUUGGAGGAAGAAGAGCUUCGAAAAGCCAUUUUAGUGGUGUUUGCAAAUAAGCAGGACAUGGAGCAGGCCAUGACACCUUCAGAAAUGGCAAAUGCACUUGGGUUACCUGCCCUGAAGGACCGGAAGUGGCAGAUAUUUAAAACCUCAGCAACCAAAGGCACUGGCCUUGAUGAGGCAAUGGAAUGGUUAGUUGAAACACUGAAAAGCAGACAGUGAUUCCCUUCCCAUGAGUGCCUGUGAACCAGAGGCUGCAGCACACUGGUCGGAAGCAGGCAGAUGUGCGUCCUGGCACUUGGAACUGUGUGAUUCUGGUGUACACAGAACUGACUUCAACGUUUGUAAUAAAUAUGAAAAACAAGUAUUUGGCGAGAGGGUUAGCUUGAUUGAAUUACCCAAAUCGUUUAUGUAAUGUAAAAUAUUUCUUCCUUGCUCUCUUGUGUUAAGGUAUAUAUUCUAUUUGUAUAGAAUUCUUACUCAAAUACAGUUCUAUUAAAGAAUGUACGCACUUGGGGGAACCCUCCUAUUUUUAAAUUAGCAGUUGCAUCUUGUUUGUAUGAACACUAAGAUUUAGUUCAGACAUUUCCCCCUUAAAAUGAAUUAAAACUUUCCAAAGAUUAGUCUUAGCAAAGUAGGUUAGAAAUAUAGAGUGUAUAAUAAAAUCUUCAUUUGCCUAACUGACUAGUUUAUAUUAAGGUAUUUCACUUGAGAUUUUGGUUAUAGGCAUGAGUAUUAUUUUGUUCGCUCACUUUACUGACUUAAAAAACAUUACAUUACUUUAUAGCUGUCAAAAGAAUUUUACUUAUGUUGACCUGAACUUUGUACAGGAACCCUGUGAGAAAGGCUCGGUUUUGCUUUGUUCCUUUGCCAGGCCUUAUACAGUGAGGUAGGGUAGGGUUCAGAGUGGGGCUUUUGGGUCAGAAACUUGUGUCCUAGAUCAUAGUGUAUCUGGAAAUGCCAACUCUGGGAACACAGACAGAUACCUACUGUGUGGUGGUUCACAUCUGUAAUCCUAGUACUCAGGAGACAAAAGCAGGAGGACCAAGAGUUCAAGGCUAGCUCCAACUAAGUGGUGAGCCUGAAGCUAGCCAGUGUUGCUUGAAACUAUGUCUCAACACAAAACAAAACAAAAACUAACCCAGCCAACUAAAAAAAUUAUGCUAAAGUAGCUACAUUCAAAGAAAUGUUUAUAUAAAUUCUUGUCUAUGCUAGUAAAAUGGUUAAGUGAUACAGUCAGAAGGAUCCCAAAAUGGCUGUGUUUGAUGAGUUCACAAUAACAAAAAACUUCACAUGAAAGGAAAUAAAAAGUAAUUUUAAUAAGUAUUAA